AUGCCAUCGCUUCAAGUUCCGGGUGCAGAUUUGCACUACGAGUCCUUCGGCAGUGGACCCCUUCUCCUCCUCAUCACUGGUGCCGAUGGUCGUGGCUCCGUUUGGCAUCCUACAGCCGAAUAUCUCUCAGCCCACUACACGACUAUCUGCUACGACCGCCGCGGUUACUCCUCCAGCAUAAUAACCGGCACCCAAGACUACAGCACGCGCCUCGAAACUGAUGCUGAUGACGCAGCCCUUCUCAUCCAACACCUCAGUUCUUCUGGCCAUGCCAUCGUCGUCGGCAAUUCGUCCGGCGCCAUUGUAGCCCAGCAACUACUCCUCAGACAUCCUGAGUGUGUGCAGAAGCUGGUGUCUCAUGAACCUCCUGCUUUCGGAGUACUACCUGCAGAAUUUCGUCAAAAGGGCGAGGCGGUGGUAAAUCACAUCUACAACCGUUACAGAAGCAGUGGUCCUAUCGCCGCAAUGGAAGAGUUCACUGCCGGUCUCGAUACCGGCUCAGAAGCCGAGUUGAUGCGUUCAUUGAUGCAUCCUGGUCAUUCGAACGAGAUCAGAGCAAACUCACUCUUCUGGUUUGAGUUUGAGCUGAGACAAUAUCCUUGUUCUGAUGUCGAUGUGGAGGGAUUGAUCAGGCUCAAGGAAAAGGUCAUUCCUGCUGCGGGUGGCGAGUCUGGGAACGGUGUCGGUGUCGGUCCUAUUGCUGUUAUUGCUGGAGCUACUGACAAAGAAAUCCUGAGGCUUCCUGGUGGACAUAUUGGGUUCAUGACACAGCCAGAGGCAUGGGCUGCUGCGCUAGUUGAGGGCCUCAAGAAGUACUGA